GAUGUGUCGUCAUCCAAUCACACCAUGUAGCCGUGUCUGCAUAGGCUAUCGUUGUGUUCAUAACAUCGGACCAGAGUGUUCUACAUCGAUAGUAUUAUUUUCUGUUAUCUUCUUAACUUUCACCAGUUUCCUACAUUUGAAGAAGAGCCAUCAUGGAGAAAGUGAUUUUAGUGACCGGUGCGAACAGUUUGUGUCAUCUCCUAUCUAUGACCUCUCCAUCUCCACAGUGGCAUCGGCCUAGCCCUGUGUGAGCGGCUGCUCUAUGAGGACAGUCAGCUGCAGCUGUGUCUGGCCUGCAGGAACAUGCAGAGGGCUGAGGCGGCCCGCUCCGCUCUGCUGACCUCUCACCCCGACGCCCAAAUAGACCUGCUGCACCUGGAUGUAGGCUCUGUCCGCUCGGUUCUCCACGCCGCCCACAAGGUCAAGGCUAGGUACAACAGACUGGACUACCUAUACCUUAAUGCCGGGAUCAUGCCAAAUCCACAGAUUGACAUCAAAGCCUUUUUCAAGGGCCUAUUUUCUAGCAACGUCGUCAAAAUGUUUGCCACAGCAGAGGGCCUCCUGACCCAGCAGGACCAUGUCAACAAAGAUGGACUACAGGAAGUGUUCGCCACAAACCUGUUUGGACACUUUGUGCUGGUCAGGGAGCUAGACUCUAUCCUUUGCCAGGCUGGUCAGACCUCCCGGGUAGUGUGGACUUCAUCCAGCAAUGCCAGACGCUCGGCCUUCAGUCUAGACGAUGUCCAGCACAGACUGGGGACCGAGCCCUACGCGUCCUCCAAGUAUGCCUCCGACCUCAUCAGCCUUGCCCUCAACAGACACAAAAACAGCCAGGGGCUGUACUCAUCAGUGAUUUGUCCAGGGCUGGUGAUGACCAAUCUUACCUAUGGCAUCCUCCCCUCCUUCUUCUGGACCCUCAUCAUGCCCAUCAUGUAUCUUAUACGAAUCUUCACCAACACGUUCACACUGACACCGCACAAUGGAGCUGGAGCAUUGCACUCGCUGUUUCUGAAAAAAACUGAGUCCCUGGAUCCGAAGGCAAAGUAUCACAGUUUGACGUCAGGCAUGGGGAGCAACUACACGCAGCCUCGACAAAUGGACAUCGAUGACGACAUGUCAGAGGCCCUGUAUGUGAAACUGCUGGAAAUGGAAAAAUCUGCUCGUAAGAGAUUGAAAGAAGAGGAUGACAAUAAACAAGCCUACAAAAAGUACCUCAACCAGACAGAGUAGUAUUUUGUAUGGCUGUUCUCCUUUACUAACUAGUUUAGGCCUAAUCACACAACUUUUAUUCUAUAGCAUAUAAUAUAUAAUUUUGUUACGUUACAGCCUUAUUCUAAAAUGUAUUAAAUACAUUUUUUUAAAUCUCAGCAAUCUACACCACAAUGACAAAGUGAAAAAAUAUUUUUUGAAUUGUUUGCAAAUGUAUUAAACAAUA